AGUCCUAGAGGAUCAAUCUUCCGAAGAUCUCCCUUGACCAGGAUUUCUCUGCAAUUCGAUAAAGAUGCCACGAUUUACCAAACCACCACGCUGCGGCCUCCCUCUCUCUCUAGACGGUGUAACAACCGAUAACUCUUUCUCUCUCUUGAUAAAUCCGCUCCCAACUCUCACAUAUCCCUUCCACCCCGAACCCAUAUCUGUUUCUCUCUCUACAACUCUCAUCAGUGAAUGGCCCUGCAAUCAAAGGCUUGUUCGCCGCAAAUGGCCGAAAACCCAAUUCGUUUUGGCAUCUUGGGUUGCGCCACCAUAGCAAUAAAGCUCUCGAGGGCCAUUAACCGCGCCCCAAAUGCUUGCCUUUGUGCAGUGGCCAGCCGCUCCUUGGAAAAGGCCAGAGCUUUCGCCUCCGAUAAUGGCUUCCCCCCGAAUUCCAGAGCCUAUGGAGCCUAUCAAGAGCUCCUUGAUGACCCGCAUGUCGAUGCGGUCUACAUUCCACUCCCGACGAGCUUCCAUAUUGAGUGGGCGGUAAAGGCGGCCAAGAGGAAGAAGCAUAUUUUGCUCGAGAAACCAGCUGCUCUGAAUGUUGCAGAGCUUGAUGUCAUAUUGGGGGCUUGUGAAGAUAAUGGGAUUCAAUUCAUGGAUGGGACUAUGUGGAUGCAUCACCCUAGGACUGCCAAGAUGAAGGAGCUUCUCGUGGAUUCGCAGAGAUUCGGGGAGUUGAAAUUGGUAGUUAGCACAGCUUUGCUUGGGACCGAUCCAGAAUUCCUUAAGAACGACAUCAGGGUGAAGCCUAACCUCGACGCCCUUGGAUCCCUAGGUGACGUUGGGUGGUAUUGCAUCAGGUCUAUCCUUUGGGCCCACGAUUACAAGCUACCCAAGAGUGCCAGAGCUCUACCAGGGCCAGUCAUUAAUGAAGCUGGGGUGAUUCUCGAAUGUGGGGCUUCACUAUUUUGGGAAGAUGGAAAUAUAGCAGUCUUUCAGUGCUCUUUUAUAGGCAAUACAACCAUGGAUGUAACUGUACAUGGAAGCAAAGGAACUCUGAAGUUAAGGGAUUUCAUCAUUCCUUUCGAGGAGAAGUCUGGGAGCUUUGAAUUUGGUUCUGAGCAUGCAUUUAAUGAGUUUGUGAGUGGCUGGGCUGUGAAGCCCAGCACACAUUCGGUUAUGACUGAUUUGCCUCAAGAAGUUCUCAUGGUGAAGGAAUUCUCGAGGUUGGUAGCAAGUAUUAGGGAUUCUAAAGGAAACCCAGAUAAGAAAUGGCCAGAAAUUACAAGAAAGACGCAGAGGGUUUUGGAUGCAGUGAAGUCUUCUAUAGUAAAGGGUUUCGAGACUGUGGAGCUCUAAGAUGGAAUAUCAGAGAUGAAGUUCUCAUUAAUUUUGGAAUAUAUUUGGGUACGUCUUGUGUCUAUGGAAUGUACAUUUUCCAUGAAUGAAAAAGAAAAAGGAACUGGCAUCCUGUCAUAUAGACUGUGGGGAUGGGCAUCUGGGUUUUUCUAUUGUUUGUUCUGAAAAUUAAGUUCAUUAGUCAUGAAGUUUUGGUUUUGGGCAUAUGGGUUUUUAUUGUCUGUUCAGAAAAUGAACUGUUUUAGUUAUGGAACUCUGAUUUUAGGCAUAUGGUUUUCCAUGUAAUGCAAGUGCUCCAAUUUAGAUCAUAUUU